AUGAAGGCUGACCCUCAGUGGGGGUUGACUGCGAGCUGGGAUGCCCCACACUUGCCAUUGAGGGACAUCAUGCUGUUCGUUCUACAAGUCAACAAGGCAAGGAAGAAGCAGGAGAAAAGACCUUGGAAAGACAGAUCCAGAGCCAUCGUCACCAAUUUGCUACAUGCUUUUGUUGGCUUUCUCACUGAUGUUCUCCACCAAAGCCUCUCUCCGAGUAGUUCGCUGAACGCGCCCUCGCGAAAUGUGAGGAGGUCAGCAGAUUCCGACACUCAGAAGGUCAACUUAGAGACGGUGUGGAACCUCUGCCAGGAAGCCACCCGCAAAGGUAUUUCUCUGGCGAAACUUGCGGAAGUUCGUGAAGAUGAUGCGCAUGGUGGAGUGAAGCCAACAUCAACAGGGUACUGGUCAAAAAAAAUCCUUGCAAUGUACCAGGACAGAGCGAGAACAGCUUUCUUGGCCUGCAGACACUUCAACAUUGUCAUGGAUGGCGCGUCCCAUGGUCCAGAGACUUUGGUCAGCUACAGCUACUCCACUGACAUUGAUGGGGCAGUGGCCAUGGCUGUCCAACAGCUGUCACCAGGCAAGAGACCUGGGCUAAUCGACUUUCUCCCGGACAUUGAGUUGCGGGCUAUCAAAAGAGAUGUGUCCAGAGUUGCUUCGUACAAGCAGCUCCAGGCUCUCUCACACCAGAUCCAUUUGCUCACAAAGGGGAAGUUUAGCCUAGAAAGUUUCUUUGCCACACCUGAGAUGUCAUUAGAACCACUGUCUCCUGGCGAUCACCGAACAGCUGUAAAGGAGAAUGGGCAAAAUAAAGUUCUCAUCUAUCGAGCUGGCACACAACAGGCGCAAGAAGUUGACUUCCGCGGUGUUGAUGGUGUACCCGUCAUGGUCCUGCAACUGGACCAAGGCCCCAGUUGCGUGGCUAUGUGCGCCUGGAUGCAGGAGAAUGGUGUGCUUUGCCUCCCGGUCUGGGACAAGAUUCACAGAUGCCAGAGAGAUUUGAAGGGAAGUGGACCGGAGUUUCUGCAGUUUGCCCAAUUGGCAACGAUGUAUCUUUGGAGCGCAAACUACAAACCCUUCAACAGCCAAGGGUUUUUCCAGGAUAAGUUGGAGCUUCUGCAGAGCUUUCUUUCUAUCGAGUCCAAGGAGUCACCCAUCUUCCAGAAAUACCUGCCCCGCAUUGCUUGCGACUUUGGCAUUCAUGUGUCUGAAGUGGAUACGAUUUGGGAUGAGCUAUCUCGUAUGACUUCAUGGACUCAAAAGGGAAGCCUUCCCAAGAUGUCUCGGUGGUUUAGCUGGCACCAAGUCGCUUCUGAGUACCUUCGAGAAUUUUGGGCGUCGCGAAUGCUUUUUGAGUGGAGGUUUUGCCAUGAAAUGUUGCCUGACCCUGACUUUAACGGCCACACCACGAACUUCAGAGAAUGGAGAUCCAGCGAGCAGUUCAAUGGACUCAAGCUUGCCUAUCAAUGCUGCUCAGCAUCAGUCUAUGAGUCCGCCUGGGUGAUAUUCACCGUCAGCCGUGCCUGCUGGACUUGGCACACUCAGAAUGUCGAGACAGUCAAAAGCACCUGGGACAAUAUCGCCUAUGACUUGAGAAUGAGUGAGCAAUGGUGCUGUGACCCUCACUUGCUGGAGAUUGCUUCUUUUAUUGCGGCAAACAAUGUGGCGUCGUGGAGGUGGCUUGAAGAGAUGAUGCAGAACAGUGACGGCUGGGCUUCAAAAGUCUUCAACUACACAGUCAGCAUUCUAGGAAACCGUGUGGCCACACUAUCUCGUCACUCGUGUCCACCUUUCUGCUAUGCUGGAAUCAUGGAUGCGGCAACUCAACAACAAACAUUGCAGCAAAUGAAACGCGACUUUCACCUGCUCUUGUCUUUGGAAGUGUCUACGGCGCCAGCUGCUGACCAGCUUGCCAGUGACUUGCGGUUGUUGUUCAACCCCCUAGUGAGGUUGGCACUUUCAUUGUUUGAGCUCAACAACUGGUGUGUCUUUGGUCCAACUGGCAUCAGACACCAGGGGUGGUUUAUCAUGGAAGCAAUCUUCCGCAGAUUUCCUGAUUCCAAGGUGGUUGAAGAUUGCCACCAACGCAUCAGAAACGAUGCUGCUGGAAAUGCCAAUUCAAGGCAGUCUGCGUCGCAUAUUAUGGAGCUUGUGCAGCAGGCAAUGGUCCUUGAGGGGCGGGAGAUCAACCAUGUGGCUAGCUUGCAGAAAGAGUGGUUCCUGGAGAAGUGGUCAUCAGCGAAGACGGAUGGUGUCCAAUUCAGGAACUUCAGAGGGCACGCAAUGAGGCUUGACAAGGUGCCUCUUGAGCAGCUGUUUGUUGUCUUCGAGUUACUAGUUUCAUGUCGAAACAUGUUUUCAUGUUGGACAAAAGACAUGGAAACCCUAGACCCUCUAGCUGGCCUGCUGAGAUCUGACUCUGUGUGA